CACUGGGCAUCUGGAAUAACACGAGUAUUCACUCAGUCCGCGCCGAACGUGUAGCCACGGGAGAGGGUGAGUUAUGGCAGUUUUAACGUUUGACGUUGGACAGGCCGUCGCGAAGAUGAAGGCGAACUCCGAUUCACUCUGACUUCACGCUCCCCCUUUUCAUUCAGUAAAACAUGCCCACUGUCAACAUGGCAGGGCAGUCGACUGCAGUGCCCUCUACUAAUAUGGCGGCGCUUAGCCCGGCUAGAUCAUUGACUGUUAUUUUCUUAAUUGUCAGCGGCUAUCUGGUAAGCUCUGCAAAUGGAAAGGAGGGGACCGAUGAGACUGUCAUCAUAGGUAUUCGGCUGGAGAAUUCGGACGAGAUAUCCUUUAUGGAUGAAGGCUUUUUGCGCGUAAGCGAGCGCUCGCGUGUCAAGUUGAGGGUCUAUGGGCAAAACAUUAACAACGAGACGUGGUCCAAGAUUGCUUUCACUGAACACAAGCAAACAAGUGUCCCGAACGACGCGGACAACCCUUCAGGAUUGAGUGUGCAGAACCAAGGGGAUGCGUCGGGUGGCCAGCCAUGCGGCAUCCGCUCGUCUGACAUAAUUAUUUUGCAACACGUGACGGUGGAUAGAAAAACAUCGGGCUUGAUAGAGAUAGACGUGAAGCCCCUCCGGAAAACAGAGAAGAGUAAAGUUUACUACCUUUGCAUUGCCACCGCCCCUGCUGGACGGCCUAGACCUCCAGGUGGGUCCACAGACGCGCGGUCUCCUGAGAACGCUUGGGUAUACCACGAGGGCCAGGACACUAAGGUGCUGGUGGUGGAGGAGAAGAAGUUCCUCUUGCCUUUCUGGCUCCAGGUGAUCUUCAUCGGGAUGUUACUGUGCCUCUCGGGGAUGUUUAGUGGGUUGAACUUGGGCCUCAUGGCCUUGGACCCCAUGGAGCUGAGAAUUGUCCAAAACUGUGGCACGGAGAAGGAACGAAAGUACGCGAAGAAGAUCGAACCCGUGCGAAGUCAAGGCAACUAUUUAUUAUGUUCCCUGCUAUUGGGGAACGUCCUAGUGAACACAACAUUGACUAUUUUGCUGGACGACAUUGCUGGCUCGGGUUUGAUCGCCGUGGUCGUGUCCACUAUCGGCAUUGUCAUUUUUGGUGAAAUUGUGCCUCAAGCCAUCUGUUCGCGGCACGGCCUUGCAGUGGGAGCAAACACAAUUUUCCUGACCAAAUUUUUCAUGAUCCUCACCUUUCCUGCGUCCUACCCGGUGAGUAAACUUCUGGACCGUGUGCUUGGGCAAGAAAUUGGCACGGUGUACAAUCGAGAGAAACUCUUGGAGAUGCUCAGAGUGACCGACCCCUACAACGACUUGGUGAAAGAGGAGCUCAAUAUCAUCCAGGGCGCCCUGGAACUAAGGACCAAAACGGUGGAGGAUGUCAUGACCCCGCUGAGGGAUUGUUUCAUGAUAGCCGCGGACGCCAUCCUCGAUUUCAGCACCAUGUCCAACAUCAUGGAGAGCGGCUACACCCGCAUCCCCGUGUUCGAAGGGGAGAGGUGCAACAUUGUGGAUCUGCUGUUCGUCAAAGACCUGGCCUUCGUGGACCCGGACGACUGCACGCCGCUGAAGACCAUCACAAAGUUCUACAGCCACCCGCUGCACUUUGUCUUCAACGACACCAAGUUGGAUGCCAUGCUGGAGGAGUUUAAGAAGGGUAAGUCCCACCUGGCCAUAGUGCAGCGUGUGAAUAACGAGGGCGAGGGCGACCCCUUCUACGAGGUGCUGGGCAUCGUCACCCUGGAGGACGUCAUCGAGGAAAUCAUCAAGUCCGAGAUCCUGGACGAGACCGACCUCUACACGGACAACAAGACGAAGAAGAGGAUCGUCCACCGCGAGCGUAAGAACGACUUCUCGGCCUUCAAGCCGGUGGAGAGCGAGCUGAAGAUGAAGAUCACGCCACAGCUGCUGCUGGCCACCCUGCGUUUCCUAGCAACAGAGGUGGAGCCUUUCGGUCCGGCUCAGAUGUCGGAGAAGAUCCUGCUGCGUCUCCUGAAGCACCCGCACGUCAUCCAGGAGCUGAAGUACGACGAGAAGAACAGGAAGCAGCCAGAGCACUUCCUCUUCCACCGCAACAAGCCCGUCGACCACUUCAUACUCAUCCUGCAGGGUAAAGUGGAGGUGGAGGCCGGCAAGGAGGGCAUGAAGUUUGAAGCGGGGCCCUUCUCCUACUACGGCAUGAUGGCCUUAACCUCCUCUCCAGUUCCUCUCUCCCUCUCUCGAACCUUCGUGGUCAGCAGGGCAGAGUCUUUAGCUGGAUCUCCAGAGAACAAGUCACCCCCGCGGCCGUUUGGACUCAACCACUCGGACUCGUUAAACCGCUCGGACCGCCUCGAUGCGGUCACCCCCACGCUGGGCAGUAGUAACAACCAGCUCAACGCCUUCCUGCAGAUCUACGUUCCGGACUAUUCCGUCAGAGCCACCUCAGAUCUGCUCUACAUCAAGGUGACGCGGCAGCAGUACCAGAAUGCCCUGACGGCGUCGCGCAUGGACAAGACGCCGCAGUCCAGUGACGGCCUGGAGUUCACCAAGAUCGAGCUGACUUUGCCGGAGAGGCCGGACGGGGUCACGGGGGGUACGGGGGCGGACGACUCGUCUGCGGUCAGCCCUCUGCUGCCCCCCCCACUGCAGCAAGCGUACCUGCACCCGCACCCCAACAACAACAACACCGCGGCGGCACACGCGCCCCCCACGCCGCACGCCAACUCGCACGCCAACUCACACUGCAACACCCACUCGCACGCCCCCCCACACUCAAACACCCACUCACGCUCCCACUCCCACUCGAACCACACGAGUCACACCGACGGUCCCAUCUAACUAAACACACACAAAAAAACAAGCAUCUCCACCGCGCAUGUGACAAAACGAACACACACACAUACACACACACACACACACACAUAUAUACAUAUAGCAGACACGCUCAGAUGAUGCAGGAUGCCCCCCCUCAGGAAGCUUGAAGAGUGUUUGACAAAGUAUGACAAAAACUGAGAAGGAUAAAAUUUGAAGGUGUCAAGAAGGA